AUGAUUCACAAGUCCCAUACCACCGCCCAAAGGUCCUUCAGGUGCCACGUGUGCGGCAAAGUGUUCGGUCAAAAGGGCCAUCUGCUGAUUCACAAGAACGUCCACGCGGAGGUGAGGCCCUUCGGAUGCGACACCUGCGGCAGGCGCUUCACUCAGAAGGGCAACCUCCUUCGGCACUCGCUCUUGCACACCAACGAAAAGUCCUUCGGAUGCGGCAUCUGCAGGAAGUUCUUCGUGCAAAAGGCUCAUUUGGUGAAGCACGUCGUGGUGCACAGGCAGAGGCUGGCUGCCCUUAAAAGGUGUCGGCGGAGGGAGGCGUCCGAGCGAGGGUCUUCCGCUGAGGAGACCUCCCUCAGGUGCAAGGCGUCAUGCAGCAUGACCAGACGGCCUGAUGCCUCCGUAGAAUUCAUCGGGAAUUCUACGGAGUUUAGCCCAGGCAGGAAUCGUUGGCCAUCAGAGAAGGCGGAGAGACACUGCCUUAUUCCGCGAUCUCGUUCCUCAGAGUCAGGUGAAAGCUCCCUAUAUAACUUUCAGAUCAGACAGAAAGUCAUCCGUUGCUUCCGAGAUACCAGGAUGAGUCGCAAGUCCCAUACCACCGCCCAAAGGUCCUUCAGGUGCCACGUGUGCGGCAAAGUGUUCGGCCAAAAGGGCAAUUUGCUGAUUCACAAGAAUGUCCACGCGGAGGUGAGGCCCUUCGGAUGCGACACCUGCGGCAGGCGCUUCACUCAGAAGGGCAACCUUCUUCGCCACUCGCUCUUGCACACCAACGAAAAGCCCUUCGGAUGCGGCAUCUGCAGGAAGUUCUUCGUGCAAAAGGCUCAUUUGGUGAAGCACGUCGUGGUGCACAGGCAGAAGCUGGUUGCCCUUAAAAGGUGUCGGCGGAGGGAGGCGUCCGAGCGAGGGUCUUCCGCUGAGGCCAAGGAGACCUCCCUCAGGUGCAAGGUCUGCGGACUGCAGUUCAUGCGGAUUUACAAGCUGAUGGAACACCUGAAAGCCCAGCAUAUUCUCGGAAGGGAAGGACAAUAA